UUUUUUCUUUAUAUAUUAAACCCCUAUCGCCAUACCAAAAUUUCCUAUCAUUUGUCUUUCUUUUUUUGUCUUUCCUUUAUUUGUCCACCUAUUUAUUUUCUUAUUUAUUCUUUACUUUUUAAUUCCUACUUAAAAUCAAAGCUACAAGGUUUUUUUUUUUUUUUCUGGAAAGGCCCUUGAAAAAAAGAAAAUUAAUUUCUUUUUUUUCUUAUUAUUUUAUAAAUAAAAAAUAAAAUUUGUUUAUCAAAAAGUCGAUAUUUUGAGGUUUGAACAUGUCCUUGAUAAGACCUUUUUCAUACUUAAGUAUUCUAUUUGUGUUAAUUUUACUGAAGUCUGAGACAAGCUUCGCUCAAAGUAACUUUACAGAAUUAAUAGAGUGUUCUGCUUUUGCCACCUGUGGAGAAUGUACUAGUCAUUUAGCGUGUGGUUUCUGUGUUACUACGAAUAAAUGCGUACAAGGUGGUUGGAAGGGACCGUUUAAGGAUCCAGAGAUAUGUACGAUUGAUAAUUGGGAAUAUGAAUAUGCUCAAUGUUUUGAUACAAUUUUCGAUUUUCAAAAGUUAUGCAUCAGCACUUGUUGGAAUAUUAUUUAUUUCAAUACUAUUUUGUUUGUGUUGUUGUAUUUGCCGAUGUUGUAGAAUAAGAAAUCCUGAUGACGAAAGAGCUCCUUUAGUACCAGGCGAUACUAUUGCAACACAACAUUUCAGACGUGCUUCAUUUUACAAUUAUAAUCGAAAUCGACCUUUUGAAAGAAGAGGUAGAACCUUGAGUAGCGGAACUGUUAAUAGUGCAAUGCAGUAUGGCAGAAAUUGGCGUAAUGGCUCUGAUGAAUAUAUGUACGGAUAUGGAGCUCUUAAUACACCUUCAUUGUUGUGGGUAAAUGAAAAUCCGGGUGUUCCAACCGAUUAUGCCAUGGGUUCUCAUAAUAAUAGCCUCGGUAAUGGCGAAUGGAGAAAGUGGGAAAAGAAACGUGAAGAAUU